AUGACGUCACUCCCCGUGCCUGGCGCGCAAGCCCGGUGUCGUGCCUUCUCUAUGGUCAGACGGAAGUUCCAGAGCGUCGGCACGCCCAGGCCCGGAACUCUAUGGUUAGUUGGGGUGGAGACGGGCGCCCUAUAAAGAGCGUACGCAGCGGCCGAGGCGGCCCUUUCCCUGCGGCGAGACAUUCCCCAGUGGCACCGGCGCCAUGGGCCGUCGUCCCGCCCGCUGUUACAGGUACUGUAAAAACAAGCCGUACCCCAAGUCCCGUUUCUGCAGGGGAGUUCCCGAUGCCAAAAUCCGAAUUUUUGAUCUUGGGAGGAAGAAAGCAAAAGUGGACGAGUUUCCACUGUGUGGCCACAUGGUGUCUGAUGAGUACGAACAGCUGUCAUCUGAAGCCUUGGAAGCAGCUCGCAUCUGUGCCAACAAGUACAUGGUGAAGAGCUGUGGCAAGGAUGGCUUCCAUAUUCGUGUGCGCCUCCACCCUUUUCAUGUCAUCCGCAUCAAUAAGAUGCUGUCAUGUGCUGGGGCUGAUAGGCUCCAGACUGGCAUGCGGGGGGCCUUUGGGAAGCCCCAGGGCACUGUAGCCCGUGUCCACAUUGGCCAGGUUAUCAUGUCCAUUAGGACCAAGGUCCAGAACAAAGAACAUGUGAUUGAAGCUUUGCGGAGAGCUAAGUUCAAGUUCCCUGGCCGCCAAAAGAUCCAUAUCUCCAAGAAAUGGGGUUUCACCAAGUUCAAUGCCGAUCAGUUUGAGGAUAUGAUCUCCGAGAAGCGGCUCAUUCCUGAUGGCUGUGGGGUCAAAUACAUCCCUAACCGAGGCCCCCUGGACAAGUGGCGCGCGCUCCACUCCUGAGGGCUGGGCUGUGACCACCUGUCUUAUUGCCUUUCUGCAGGCACAAAUAAAUAGAUAUCUGCUUUCUG